AAUUAUUUGGGGUUCUUGCUCCAUGAGUUCACUAAUCGGGUUCAAAUGCACUUUUAGAAGCAAAAGGAUGAUUUUGAGGAUUAAUUGUAUUGUAAACAGAAUUACGCCAAUUAUCUUAAUUUAAUUUACUUCCGUUGCGGACAGACAUUCAAAGUGUGAAAUUUAUCGCCCGUCGUUAGACGGGCUUAUUCGCUAGUUGUAUAUUUGAAGAAAUGUCUUUUAAAUCAUUAUUUUAAAAAGUUACAUGAACAAAUACAUCAGUUGCAACAUUAUAAAAUAGUGAGCAUACUGGCGUCGCAGAUCUCGCAAAUUGAGCGUUGCAACACAACUUGCGAAGUUUUACGAAAUCUUUGAAUCUUUCACAACCACCGUCAUGAUCGAUGGGGAUGGGUGUUUCUUAAUAAAACGACAUUCAUGGCGCUCAACUGGUAUGAAAAUCAGUGGAGGUGCAAAUGCUUGCAUCGAGCUACACUCUGCGCCCAGCUGUGGCGGGGAAUUCACCCAAUUUCGGCCUGGAUAUUUAGAGCUUGACAACAUAAUGAGCUGGAAUUUGGGCGGCGAAUACAACUAUGCUGGCGUGGCAUUGGCUGUAUCUCGAUGUGGCGCAUUUUGCAAUAAAUCAGUGCCCCUCAUCAGUCCAGAUCAACUUCCAGCAGCCCUGGAAAAAAAUAUGGUCACGUUUUACGACUAUUACGGAUAUUAUGGUCACCCCACCUACGUCAACCUUACCGGUGGCUGCGUCACUUUGGCUAAUAAUGAAGUUAUAAAGUAUUUAUCCAUCCGUACCUACGGCCAAUGCGUGGUCCUCUACGCUUUAGAAGGGUGCAAAGACACGAGGGGAUACCAUGUUUUGCAAAUCGAGGGAAAAUCGAGAGAUUAUUAUGUCCAGAAACUUCUCACCCAAACGAUCCCAUAUUACACGAAAUCUGUCCGGUUAUGCGGAAAAGAGGAGGAGGAAGCCCAAAAUGAAGAUCCAGAUGCAGCCAGUUCUUGCAUGUCUUUAGCGUCUGCUCCCAUUCUCUCGGGAAUAAUAUUGUUAUCAUUUAUUGGAAUGGUUUUAAUUUCUCUGUCAGCUUUGGGAGGAGCUCAAAUUUUUAAAUUCUACCAUUUCCAUCAAGGCAACACAGCAAUGCUAAAUGUGUCCUAUAAAUCUGAGAGACAUAGUGUUUAAAGGGUUGUGAAAGUUGCUGAAGUAGAGAGACAACUUAAGAAUGAGAUUCUUUUAAGGUUUAAGUAGCCAUUUUUAGAUUUUUGUUUCAUGAUAAGUGUUUAUGUAAUGUAUGACUAAUAUUUGGUUUUGAAAUUUACCAUACGCAAUAAACUUUAUAAAAUCUCUUUCGACCUAA